GCCACCUUUCUGCGCAUGUGCAUGGCUAAGAUGAAUUAAAGUAGGUAUAAACAUGGCAAACGUAUUUUACCAACACUUGUGAAGCAUAAAAAGCUUUAGUAGGUUGUCAAUACGCAUAGCACAACUAGCAGGACGUGAGAAAGGUCCGAUUAUUAUACAAGUUCCAGCAGUGCAGAGUGAAGGAGAAAAAGUUAAUCAUUAUCAAGUUGUUCAAAGUAUUUGCCAAUAAUUGUCAGCAUUGUUUUAAACGUAAAACGAAGUGAACGUAUCUCCAUAUCAUUAAGGGAACAUACGAGUGAUCUGCGCGUAAAAAAUCAAAUCCUUCAUUGAUUACAUAUGGUGGGAUAACAAUGAAGAAAGCUUGCCAACAAAAUACGUCAUUCUAGCGCCCACACAGCAGGGUACAGUUUCAGUGGCCGUCGCAGGAUUCCGAAUGAAAUGACUGCAGGAAAUUGAAUAACUUCAUACAAGCUUUAAGCGAACGUUUGCUAGAGAGUUCGAUUUGUUACUGGUUUGAGGAGAACAUUUAAGAAACAUUGAAUCAUGUCCUCCAUAGACAUACGAAUCGACGAGCCUCUUUCAAUGGUGGACCAGGUUGACCAGGCAUGCGUUGGAAAGGGUGCGGAAGAGCAAGAGUGUGGCAAUUGUGGUGACGAUGGCAACGUGGAAAUAGACAUGAAAUUUGGGUUGUUCGUUGAAAAUGAACGCUCAGUACCGCGGAAUGUAUCGGAAGAUGAGUUCGAUUUCGAUUCUGCCUUCAGUUCUGAGUCUAACCAAGGACUCACGGAUGAAAGUACUAUCGACCAUCACGACGAACGAUCCAUGCCGGAUGGAGCAGUAGAGCGUGAACGGCUUAGAUCACUAGAGGACGAGCAUGAGGUCUUAUCUUCGAACCUGAUUGCACUGACAUCACAUUUCGCACAGGUACAGCUGCGACUAAGGCAGAUCGUAGAAGCGCCGCCCCAGGAACGGGACAUGCUGUUGAAAAAUCUCGAAGAGUUUGCGUUUCUGGGCAUACCGGAAAUACAGCAAAACCCGGUUAAGCAAAACAUUCCAGAAAUCGUGGCCAAUCUCGACCGUAGUCCUGAGUCGGUGGAAAAUCUUCGUGAAAAGCAGCAGGAACUGAUUGAGCAGCUGAAAUCGCAGCUAAUGGACCUUGAGCGGUAUGCGUACGAGUCUGGGGCAGGUAUUCUUCCGCAAUCGAUCCUCCUAGAAAAGCAGAAAGUCAUCAUUGAGGAGAUAAAGAAAAAGAUCAACCUAAACUUGAACGAGCUUGACCUGCCGCAGCUCACCUCGGAGGACCUUCGCCAGCAGGUGGACAGUGCGCUGGACGAGCUGGUAAAUCCGCUGAAAAUGAAAGAACAGCUGGUGACGCAGCUAAAGACGCAAAUACAAGAUCUGGAACGAUUUAUCGGUUUCCUGCAGACGAACGAAAAAGCGGAAAUUAAAAAACGUUUCCUUGAGCAACAGCAGCAGCAGCAGCAAAGGCAACAGUGUACAGAGUUCUCUAAAGAACACGGCGGACGAUCGCAACACGUGACAGAUCAUCAAACUCUUUCAAAGCCCGUAACAUCCGGUCACUGUUCGACGAACCAUGCUAGCAAUACUAACCAAGCAGCAACCAAACGGGAAUCGUUCAAUAGCAAAGCUUUUGGUCUGAUGGAUAAGGCCGGAACUUUGCUGCAAAUGUUUGCCCUGUCCCAGUUUAACUGUGGAAGUGAGCAUCGGAGCAGUGAAGCAAAUUAUCAGUCAAAAAUGAUGGCUCGCACACGGCAAAACUGUUGGGGUGAUAUUCGAGCAAGACUGGAAUACGACGUGCAGGAGAUAGCAUCAUUGGUGCUAACGUUACAAAGCGAAAUAGCACCGAAGGAAGCGGACCAUAACGAGGAAGACGAGGAUGAUCCUAGUCGUCCCCGUCGGGGCAAUAGGAAGAACUACGAGUUAACGCUGCUGGUUCGUAAACGUUUGGCAAAAACUAUUCAACGUUUGAUGCAGCAUGGUUUGCGAAGCAUCUCCGAAAGCGCAAGCCGCAGCCUGGUUCCAUUCAUAUCGGGAUGCUUUUCAUCCACGGGAAGCAGUAACGGUGGAACCAAUCAUUCCAGCAUGAGCGCAAGAUCAAACGAUGGUUUUUAUCGAGCGGACGUAAGACGAAAGAGUACCGGAGCGACCACUACUGCACCGAAGAAACAGACAACGCAAGCGGAAGAGAUGUCGAACGCGAACGUGGAAAACAAUCUGUUUUCCCAGCUGGAUGACGACGAAGAUGAUGAGAUGGAGCCGCAGUUCGAUAGCAAUAGUGUGGACGAAAUGCAUGCUUGGGAGUUACUGCUGGUGUACUAUAACAUCAAAAAUGGUGACCGUUACAACUCGACACCGGCUAGAAAACUGUCCGAAAGUUUCAACUUGGACAUUGUGGAUGGUAGACCGCUGUCGAACAAACAGAGUCUGCUUAGUGCUAUUGGGUCGAUUGUUGCAUUGCAUAGUCCCUACAAAAGGAGCUACGAUUCGCAGUUUAAGGCAUUCAUAUGUGCUGGACUGAACGCCCAGAAGUUAACGCAAUGGCUAUACCUUAUUUUCCAGUGUAAGGAACUGGUCAGCUCGCAUUACUCCAGCUGGAGCUAUGUGGCCAACACAGGCUUUCGUGAUGCUCUCAAAACUUUGGAUCGCUUAACGCAGUAUCGUUUCGAUCUUCCAGUCGAUUUAUCGAUUCGUCAGUUUAAAAACAUUAAAGACGUUUUUAUCAUCGGAAGCAGCAUGAGUGAAAAGAAGAAGGCUCUUUUUAUUUGUCUCGGCAACAUCUGCCGGUCACCAAUCGCGGAAGCGGUGUUCCUCAAAACGAUAAACGAUGCUGGCGUUGCAGAUCAGUGGGAAGUCGAUAGUGCCGCUAUAGGAUCAUGGCACGUAGGUCGAAGUCCUGACCAUCGGGCUCUGGCAACAAUGAAAAAGCACGAUUUGCCGUACAACAAUACAGCGAGACAAAUUAAGAAAGCUGAUUUUGAACAUUAUGACUACAUUUUCGGCAUGGAUGGAGAGAACAUCGCCGACUUAAACGAACGUGCACCUAAUGGAGGUGGUAAAGCGAAAAUAUUGCUGCUUGGUGACUUCGAUAAGCAACAGCCUGGCGCAAUCAUACGCGAUCCUUACUAUGAUAAAGGCUCGGAAGGAUUUGAGCAAUGCUACGUGCAGUGUGUACGUUGUUGCGAUGGCUUUCUGGCAAAGGUUCAAAAAGGGAUAUUCCGUGGUGCUCGAACAUCCGUAGUCUGGUGUGAAGCUCUUCUUCCGUAUCACGAUCGCCGUUGUCGUCGUCGUCGUCGUAGGUUUCCGUCGCCAAAAAAUCAUUGCUUUCCGGAAUCCCAGAGCUGUGGAAAAGGUGCCAACAUGAGUGUGGAUGCGGCCAUCCCUCCACCAGCGGAUUCCUCCAAGGUGAUGAAUGGAAUGAUCGACCGGCCAAACGGAGUGAGCAACGGUCAUUCGGGUAGUGGAGGUGAAAACGGCGAUCGUCAUAAAAGUCACAAAAGCUCGAGCAAGGAUAAGCAUCGAGAUAAAGAUCGAGACAAGAACCGCGAGAAGGACAAGCAUCGCGAUAAGGAUCGCGAUCGAGAUAAAGACAGGAACCGCGAUAAGCACAAGAGCAGUAGCCACUCGUCAUCCUCGAAGAGCGGAACCAGUUCAUCAAAGGAUAAAGAGCGAUCAGAUAAAGAGAAAAGCAGCUCUCACAGUAGCAGCAGCAAAGAUAAGGAAAAGAGCCACCAUAGCAGCUCUUCGUCGCACAAAAGCUCCAGAAGUGAUAAGGACCGUUCGAAGGAUAAAGAACGGGACAAAGACAAGCAUCGCUCUCGAGAGGAUGGCAAGGAUCGGAGCGAUCGUGAGAGGAAGGACAAGGAACGCGACAAAAGCAGUCGCAGCGAUAAGGACAAGGACAAGGACAAGCACAAAUCAUCUUCUUCUUCUACGUCGAACAGCAAGGACAAGGAGCGAGAUAAAAAUAAGAGCAGCUCCAGCAGCUCCAAUCGGGACAAAGAUAAAGAAAAGAACAAACAUUCCAGCUCGAAGAGGGAUAAGGACAAGCACUCUUCGUCGUCGUCCUCCUCCAAGCACAAGGAUCGUCGUCGGGAAGAGAAAGAUCGCGAAGAUGGUUCGACCGAGGUGAAGGUCAAGGAGGAACCGGAUUCGGGUCCGAGGACGUUCUUAAACGGCGAAGGUCAUAUGCUGCAGCAAAAUGACACAAUGCUGAACAAUCGUGGAGGUGCGACGGGUAAGGAUCCGAUGGAUGUUUCGCAGGCCAGCUCGUGCGAUUACUCGAUGUCACAGUUCCGUGCUGAUGAAACUCCUUUUCCAUUGAAAGCCGAUACUACGGAAUAUAACAAUGCUUCCAAUGAGGAUGGCUAUUAUGAAGAGCAUGAAGAAGAUGAAGGAGAUGAAGAAAGUCGUUACAAUGAUUUUAACAACGAGAACGGUCACCACCAACAACCGCAGCAGCAGCAGCAGCAACAAAUGCAUCAGCAGCAUCUGUACCAGCAGCAACAGCAGCAGCAGCAGCAGCAGCAAGGAUAUUUUGGUGGAAUGCAACAGCAACAUGAACAGUAUCAGGCGAACGUGGCCGCGAUCAAACACGAACAGCCCGAUAUCAAGCAAGAGCGACAGGAGGAAUCCGAAGAUGAUAUUCCUCUGUCCAAGCGAAAGAAAAAGGAUGUGGACGAAGGGUAUGAGGACGGUGGAAAAAAGAAAAAACUGAAGACGGAGAAAAAGGACAAAAAGAAAAACAAAAAACGCGCAUAUGACUCCGAUGGCGAUGCGAAUGACGACGAUGAUGAGGAUACCGAUAGCAAGAAGAAAAUUAAGAAGACGAAGAUCAAGAAGGAGCCACCAACGACACAGAGUGCAAAAAAGAACAUCAAGCCAGCCGCCAGGACUGGGGCAACAGCCCAAUCAAGUCCGACGAAGGGUGGAAGGGUAAAGAAGGAAGAGGACGAGCAGGAAGUGUGGAAAUGGUGGGAAGAGGAAAAGCGUGACGAUGGAGUGAAAUGGAAGUAUUUGGAACACAAAGGGCCCGUAUUUGCACCAGCGUACGAACCGUUACCCUCGAACGUGAAGUUCGAGUACGAUGGUAAAGAAAUGAGGCUUUCUCAGGAUGCAGAAGAGGUAGCAGGAUUUUACGCACGUAUGCUGGAUCACGACUACACUUCCAAGGCAGCAUUCAACGAUAACUUUUUCAAAGAUUGGCGCAAAACGAUGACACAUCAUGAGCGAGAACGGAUCACUGAUUUGCGAAAGUGCAACUUCCGUCCUAUGGCUGUCUACUUUGCCGAAAUAGCCGAGAAAAAUCGAAAUCGCACGAAGGAAGAAAAGGCUGCGUUGAAGGCAGCGAAUGAGCAGCUGACUAAAGAGUAUGGCAUUUGUCUGAUUGACGGGCACAAGGAAAAGAUAGGCAAUUUUAAAAUUGAACCUCCAGGCCUGUUCCGUGGCCGUGGAGAACAUCCGAAGAUGGGGUUGGUGAAGAGACGUGUCAUGCCCGAGGAUGUCAUCAUCAACUGUGGAAAGGAUAGUAAAAUACCGUCCCCACCGCCAGGCCACCGAUGGAAGGAAGUACGCCAUGACAAUGCCGUCUCAUGGUUGGCCUCAUGGACCGAGAACGUACAGGGACAAGUGAAGUAUAUUAUGUUAAAUCCAAGCUCGAAGCUGAAGGGCGAAAAGGAUUGGCAAAAGUACGAAACGGCUCGUCGUUUGCUGAAGCACAUCGAUCGCAUUCGGGAAACAUACCGCGAAGAGUGGAAGAGCAAGGAAAUGCGUAUCAGACAGCGUGCCGUAGCUAUGUACUUCAUCGAUAAGCUUGCGCUGAGAGCGGGCAAUGAGAAGGAUGACGAUCAGGCGGAUACGGUCGGUUGCUGUUCCCUACGUUACGAACAUAUUGAGCUACACAAGGAGCUUAACGGCAAGGAGAAUGUGGUUGUGUUCGACUUUCUCGGUAAAGAUUCCAUCCGGUACUACAACGAGGUGGAGGUAGAGAAGCGUGUAUUCAAGAAUUUGGAGCUGUUCAAGGAGAACAAAAAGCCUGGCGACGACCUUUUCGACCGAUUAAACACGUCCGUAGUAAACGAAUAUCUAAAGGGAUUGAUGGAUGGGCUUACUGCGAAGGUGUUCCGUACGUUUAACGCAUCUUACACGCUGCAGAAACAAUUGGAAGAACUAACGGAUCCUAAUGCUUCGGUUCCGGAGAAGCUGCUCGCUUACAAUCGUGCUAAUCGUGCCGUGGCUAUUUUGUGUAACCAUCAACGGGCUGUCCCAAAAACACACGAAAAAAGCAUGGGCAACCUGAAGGAAAAGAUUCGCUUGAAGCGCGAACAGGUUGACCAGUGUCAAAAGGAAUUGAAGGAUCUCAAAAAGAGUAACGUACGUGAUCCAAGUGCUUUCGAAAAGAAAAAUAAGCAACUGGAAAGACUUAAAGAGCAACUGAAAAAGCUGGAGCUCCAAGAAACGGAUAGGGAUGAAAACAAGACGAUUGCUCUUGGCACAUCCAAGUUAAACUAUUUGGAUCCACGCAUCUCUGUGGCUUGGUGUAAAAAAUUCGGCGUCCCGAUAGAGAAGAUUUUCAAUAAGACACAGCGUGACAAAUUCCGAUGGGCAAUCGAUAUGGCUGACGAGAACUACGUGUUUUAAAAAGCUCGAAUGCAAUCGAUGUCAUCGUGUGGCGGAUGUUUCCCUCCCCGUUGCCUCGUAUGUUGUCUGUCGAGAUAAAGACAUCGAUCAUACGCCAUUGUUUUCGUACUACCCUUCCCUGCAUUAGGUUGUAUCACAACCUACAGAAUCGGGUCCGAUACAAUGGAUCGAUGGAUGGGCGGAAUAUUACUUCCAUAGAAAUUUGGGGACGCAUCGGAUUCGUGGCAAACGUUCACUCACUCGUCAUGAAUCGCAAAUGAUUGCAAAUCCAGUUGCAAUUUAAUACUAUUCAUAUUUUUAUUUGUUAAGAUUUGAAUGUAACAACCGUUGGGAGGGAUUGUUCUACAUGCCCGUAUCGUAGAGUUCUCUUCAUGUUUAUAGAUCGUUCAGAGGAUUGUGGGGCGGAUUAUCUUUUAUGUUAAGAUAUAACUUGUCACUGGGGAAAAGAGCGUGACGACCAUUACUAUAUCCAAAUUUGCUAGCGUAAAACAUAAACAUAUGUUUGAGUAACUAAACAAAAAAUGAAGAAAACAAACAAACGUACCCAAAUGUGGUAACCUGAUACGGACUAGUUUCCUAAUUUGCGCAUACAUCGUGGCAAACGAUGCAUGCAACUAGAACAAACUUUGGGAGGUCAAACCUAGCCUUAGUCGUAUAUUUGAAAUUUUUGUGAAAUUCAGUGCGACAGUGCUUGGUAAACGUAAAGUGAAUGCCGUGUAAAAAGUUACAUUGAUAAGAGUGAAAUAUUAUGAGAGAGAUAAGGAAAGAAGGAAUAAUGGAGAGAACUAGGGAAAGAACGAGCGAAAAAGUUUAAUUUAUUUUAGUAAAAUUCCAUCAAUCAAACUGCUCGACUAUCUCUCUGUAAAAGCAUAUGAAAAGUUUUUUUUUGUUAGUAUUGUAAACAUCAAAUCAUUCGGUUCGACAAACAUCGGAGUGUUGAUAGUUGGAUUUUAAUUUGUUUUCGUGCUUUUUCUCCGAUUCUUUUCCUACCAAUAGCGGAUACGGACCUAAGGUAGCCAUUUAUGUUUCGGAACUGGUUUUGAUUUUAGUAAAACAUAAAGCAGUUAGAUAAAUUAACAUAAACGGUACAAUCGAUACGCGGUGCAGUAAAAGAUGCCGCUGCGAAAGAUGAGUGAAUGUUUAGUUAGAGUUAAACGUUUGUUUAGGCGCGUUUCAUGUCUUUCCGUACAUGGAUUUGGUAUUGGUGGGAAACAAGAGGGCACCACCUUAUGUUCUCUCGGUGAAAUUCAACAAAACGCCCGUGUGUUUGUGUUUUUUUUAAAAGAGAGAUAAAUCACCUUAUCUCUAGUAAUACUUGAAAUGCAAUAAGUUCGGUAUGUGGCACGCAUUCUCUUCCGGCAGAUAAACGCAUCAGUGCAUGUGUGUGCACUUGCAAAACGUACACCACACUCUGAUACGUUUGCAAAAUCUGCACAAUCAUUUUAUUUUAAGCUGUAGUAUUUUAGGCGUAGAUACUGUUUUGGUUUGUAACACGAUGAUAAUAGGGAGUGCACUCAAAAAGCAAAAGAAUUCAAUGUAAAAUACUUUGAUAGGAUAAAGAUGACUCAAAAUAUAUAUUAAAACACAAACACAACCACGCAUCAUACUGAUGGACCGCAUAUGAUUUGACGAGAACGAACGAACGCGAUCGGAUGGAAGGGAGAUGCUAGUUUUUAAGUAAAACACAGUGCCCACAGUGGAGGAACACGUUGGAGGAGGAGGAGGAGGAGGAGGAGGAGGAGGAGGAGGAGGAGGAGGCAUUAUCUUAGCAUUGAACACGACUGCCUAACACGUCGAAGACUACAGAGCGAACGCAUCAUCGGAAUGUAUUGCAGCAAAAAGGCCGAUGUUUUUGUGUUACAUAGUUAUGAAACAAACAUUUGUCGCAUGCAUUCUCAGUGUCACUGUUUCGAUAAACCAUGCUCUUCAUGCAUCCAUUUUUCCAACCCCCCCUCAACUAACCACACCCACACAUAACCAUCUUACUGAAUAAGGGAAUAGUGCGUGACACGAGAGUUAGCUUGUAAUAAGCGCGAGACGGAACGUUUUGCUGCAAAAAAAGAAAAACAACAACAAGUGAUAAAGGGCGGUCGGGGCUGCGCUGCCGAUUAGAUCUUCUUGAAUUAUUCCCCUCACAGUCCCACAUCAUAUCCACCAACAUUUAAAACAGUUUUGUUUGCAAUAUUUUUUUUUUAAUUUUUAAAAUGCUUUACUGUGAAUGCGUACCGAUCGAAUGCAUGGAUCGAACGCAUGGAAUCAGCGGAAUACAGCUAUAGAGAUAGAGUAGAAGAAAUAAUAUGCAAUUACUAGACUUCAAUUCAGGUACGAUCAUAAUCGUGCGAGAAACUGAGUGAUGAUGAUGAUGUGCUGCCGUAAAGUACAUUGGAAGAGGAGGAACAAAACAAAUCUACCACCACCCCAUACAUUUUAUGGCGAAAGUACCGCCGAAAUAGGAGAAAUAAGGAAGAUGAGGAAAAAUGGCACAUAGUUAUGAACAAGGUGUUAUAGUGAAAACGAAUGGAAAGGAUACAACUCUUGACGGGAUUUACGACGAAUGGUGGGAAAUCAGUGAGCGGCACAAAGCGCGAACCUUACGUGCACGUGCAAAGACAACGGGAUACUGUAACAGUAACAGAUGGGUAAGAAAAUGUAUAACAACAAAACAAAAACAAAAAAAUACAUAGAAACAUAUUGAGGAGAGAGAAGCGCGAAGGGCUGAUGAAUGAUAAUUUGAAGCAGAUAAUACAUGAUUUAAAUAAAUAACAAUUAAGUGAAAAUGAA